AUGAAGACUGGCUCCAUGAUUUUUUCCUUUUUGCAAGUACCUAGAUGCAGAAUACACAGCUUAGCUAAUAAUUGGGGUAAAACCUUCCCCAGCUUCGGUAACAUUUGUCAAAACAAUCAUAGUGUAAGGUUGCUUGGCUCUAGAAUUUAUGGACUUCAAGGAGGCCACAGAAAAAAGUGGACCCGAAGACCGAUAACUACAACUACAGAAAGCAGCGCAGACACCAAAUCAAGAAGCACCAAGCAAGAAAUUUUGAGUGAAACAGUUUCAACAAGUUCUACCGAAAAUGUAAAUAAAACACAGCUCCGUCAAUUUCAGGAAAUUCAGCAAUGUAGCAUUCAACAAGAGAUAGCUCAGAAUAAAGACUUGUCCAGCUUAGUCACUGUUAUUGUUUUUGAUAUUGAGACCACCGGGCUUCACCGAGAGAAAGGAAGGAUCAUUGAGAUUGCGCUUCGAGAUCUUCAGGGUGGUCCGAACAGCACUUUCGAAACUCUUGUAAAUCCUCAAUGCCGUAUUGAAAACUCAAAAAUUCACGGCAUUACUACAGAUAUGGUGAACAAACCCGGUGUUCCGAGGAUGGAAGAUCUGGUUCCCAUAUUAUUAAGCUACAUUCGAAGCCGUGAGAAACCUGGGGGAUACGUGUUAUGGGUUGCUCAUAAUGCUCGUAUUUUUGAUGUACCGUUCAUCAUUAAUGAGUUACGUCGAUGUUCGACACCGAUUCCUCUGAAUUGGCUAUUUCUGGACACUCUUCCUUUAGCACGCCAACUAAAGCCUAAAGGAACAAAACUUCCUUCAGCAUCCCUUGAUGCCCUUAGCAAGUUCUAUGAUAUUAAAGUGGAUGGCUCAGCCCACAGAGCCAUGGUAGAUGUGAACACAUUAUCCUUGAUUCUUUCCAGGAUGACCCGUGAUUUGAAAUUGACCCUGUCCGGCCUUGUUGAAAAAUCAUUCAGAGAAGCUGAUAUGAAGAAGAAUUCAAAAUAG